ACUAAUUUAAAUAAAAUAAGAUAUUUUCUAAGUUACCCUCACUAACCCUAACUCACCCAUGUCAUUCUCAUCUUCUCAAAAUAGUUAUUGAGUUACCAUUGUCGUCUUCAUUAGCGCCAUUGUCAUUUUCUUCAUCGCAGGGCUGUCUCCUAAGGUCUCGUCGCUGUUGUCUUCUGCGGUCUCGUCACUGUUGCUUUCGCCUUCUGAUAUCUCGGUGCCACAACCACGCUCUCCCUCCCUCUCGUCUUCAAUCUCAUCACUUGCCAUCGCUGCUCGCUUGUCGCUUUUCGCUUGCUACUCUUCGCUCGUUGUCGCCACUUAUUGCUCGCCUCUCUUCAUUUGCCGUUGCCGCUUUUUGCAAAAGGUGAGCAACUUCUUCUUUCGAUCUUCGUCUCUAGAGAUCACACCAUCUCAAAUAGGACCUCACACUUCUCUCCCUCACUAACCCUAACAUACUACCGGAAGAACCGCAUGCACCUCUCUAUUUGUGCCGUCGUCCUCUCAGCUCGCAACACCGUUGUCUUCUGAGUUCAUUCCUUCUUUUAAUCCAUAUCCUCUCAAAAAUUGUUGAAAUCUAGCUGCGAUUUAACAAUUCAUGAAAUGAUUCACGUGCUGUUUAUGUGUAUAUUUAUUUUGGUGAAUUAAUCAUUUUUUUAAACCUCGAUUUUUUUGUAGUAUGUGCUGUUUGAUGAAAGUUCUCAAACGCUAAGUUUGUGUUUAUGUGUAUAUUUGUUUUGUAGGGUUACAGAACUGAAAAUCGAGCCUCUUGGGGAGACUUCUAUUGCAUCUACCAUAUCAUAUCUUGAUAAUGCAUUUGUGUAUAUGGGUCCAAGUUACGGAGAUUCGCAAGUGUGGAUACAUGACAACUUGAAAAAUUAUGCUGUAAGAGCUCUUGUGAUGAAUGUUGUUGAUCAUCUGGGAACUGUCGCAUACAAAUUAACCGAUCUUCUAGAUCAACAAACAUUGGAUGUAUCAACUAUGGAUUUGAGGGUCUCUACUGUAACUCAGCUUAUAAAGCUGAAUCAACAACCUGAUACAAAAGGUUCAUAUGUAGAAGUUUUGGAGAGGUAUGUCAAGGUUGAUGCUAAAACCAUUUGGUUUAGAAAGAAAGUCUUAAAGAAUGGUGGGAUCUGAAAAGAUAUAUAUGAGACUGAUGAAAAGAAGGUUGCUGAAAUGAUUAGAGAAGAUCAAAUUGAUAUUUUGGUACAACUUACUGGCCAUACUACAAAUAAUAAAUUGGGGAUGAUGGCAUGUCAACCUGCAGGUAUGUUUUACAUCUAUAUAAGACCGAUUCAAGAGUUUUUUAUAUCUAUAUGUAAGCAUAGAGAAAAAAUGUAGUAUAUUUUAAUAUUAUUUUCAUUUAAAAAUAUUAUUAAUUAUUGUACUUCUCUUUCACGAUUUGUACGA